GACAAGGACGUGAUUGGAAGCGGCAGCUUCGGUUCAGUGAUCACCGCGAAAUAUAAUGGCAAAAGUAUCGUCGUCAAACAGCUCCUCGAGCAACAUGAAAGGAAUCUCCGUCUCUUCUAUAAAGAAGCCAAUAUUCUUCAUUCUUUAGAUGAUAAACGCAUCGUAAAACUUCAUACAGUCUGCCAAUCUCCUCUGGCGAUGAUGCUUGAACUCGUUUACUUCGAUUUUUCACCAUUCGGCGGACUUGAAAGACGUGUCUUCUCUCUCAAGGACUUUAUCAAUUUUCUUUCCUCUGAAGAUGGAGCCAUGGAUUCUUUCUCGCCGUUAUUCAAUAAAAUCGCAGAAGAUACAGCUCGCAGUCUUAAGUAUCUUCACGACAACAACAUUGCUCAUCGAGAUCUAAAGCCAGGAAAUGUCCUCGUCUCUAACCAGAUGUAUUGCGAAAUGCCAAACAAAGAAGCUGUAAGGGAAGCGUGGGAGAAAGCGCCAAUUAUUUGUAAACUGGUUGACUUUGGUGAGAGUAGGGCAAGUAUGAUCCAAACGGCCACAGUUUGUUCCACGCAAACCACAAACAUUGACAGAGGAAAUCCCGUUUACAUGGCUCCCGAAUUGCUUUCGCCUGUGGAUACUUCGUUAUCUCUGGAACAACUGAAAGCGUGUGAUAUUUGGUCGUAUGGUAUGGUUAUCUUCAUGCUGCUAAAUCCUGACCUGCAGUUUCCUUAUCAAGUUGAAAUUGAUAAACUGCACCCA